AUGUUUCGGCCCUCGCAACCACUCCUAUUCAGGCCAAUGCCGGUACUGAACAAGCUCAGGAUACAUCAACCUCUGCCACUCAGCCCUCGCCAGUCAAAACAGCUGCUCAACCUCCUAACGAGCUCGUUCCGGCAGCAACUCGACAUGGAACACCCUCAAUUUCGAACUGAUAUCACCCCCGCUCCAACGCGUCGGCGGAGACUAUCUGUAUCCGAUCACGAAAAGCAUACCACAGACCGACAUAUGCACUCUCUUUUGACAAAUCCACUUUUCUCCUCACGAAACUCAGGCAGUCAGGUCAGUCUUUCGCGAGAUCCGAUGGACAUUUUCGACCAGGCCGUUUCCAAAGGUAUGAUGACUACGAACUAUGCAAAGGCAUGCUUGCAGGCCAAGAAGCGUCAGAUAGUCCGGUCGUCUGUUCUCAAAGUGCGGGACGGGAUGAGAGAUUCGGGGGCAGGUUUGAAGGUAUUAAAAUGGUUGAUAUCAAGCGGCACGACAAAAAACCUCGAAUUCUUGGACGACGAGGCGUUCACUCAAAUUCUAAUGGAAUAUAUGGUCGCAGAAAAUCUACAGGAAGCCGCUUGGGGAUGGAUCAAAACCUCACUGGAGCGCCUGCCAGCCCUGGCGCUCCUAUCCGGAUUGGAAUUUACUCAGGCCCGGCGCAAAAUCGUCGGGCCGCUUUUGAUGCUUGUGAGAGCCGAGGCAUCAGAUAAAUCUUGCAAUCUGGAUGCGGCAUAUAUUUCACUUUCAAGAGCUGCUGGAUAUCUUCAAGGUGUACCAACUACUGAGAUGAUUCAUUUACUCAGCGUUCCUGAGUGGUUUCUAUUUAAAACAACGAUCAAAUUCUCUUCCGUCAGACCAGCGCCCAGUGAAGCUGGUUUCGAGUCAUUCCUGAGCUUGGUUCCUGUCUCUACGAUGCAUCCUGAACGUCAAUUUGCAUACCUGAGCUUGCUGCAUCCAACGAAACCCUCUCCGGAACUAGCGCUCAGGUACUUUCCGACCAUUCGUAUGAACAGAACGAGAGAUGUCAUGAAGAAGAGUAACGCGCAGUUGGAAAAUGAUCGCCUUAAUAUCCAGCUUGGUUUGGAAACUGCCAAAUUCUUGCUUGAGCAUCACCGACAGUCAGAAGCCGACUAUGUGAUUAACUUCCUACGCACCAAUUACCCGAGGCAACUGGGUAUUGGAGACAUGAGGCAGCUGGAGCAAGCCAAAGCGGAAGCUACAAGUCUCGAGCUACUAGAAGGGCUUGGCUUGGCAUGA